AUGCGGUUACGGCUUUUUUACCCCAUCGCGAUUUUAUUCCUCGUCGCCUACUUCUUUUACCGUCUAGUAUCCUUCCUGCAGAUCUUCUUUGAGCACACCGGUAUCAGCAUCACUCAACAGGAAAUCAAAAUCGCCCAUGCGACAAUCCCCGAUUCUAGGCCCCAGUAUAUCCCAAAGAUUAUCCACAAUGUCUUUCAUGACUGGAAAAAUCAGUCGAUGCCUGCGGACUGGAAGAAAAAUAGACAGAACUGUAUUGAUUUAAAUCCAGAUUGGGAACACAAGCUGUGGUCAGAGGAAGAGUCUCGAGUUUUCAUCGAAGAACACUAUCACUGGUUCUUGAGAGCUUACGAUGGCUAUGAACACCGCGUGCAGAGAAUUGACGCGCUGCGAUAUUUCUUAUUACGAAAUUAUGGUGGCAUUUAUCUCGAUUUGGACAAUGGCUGCCUCGAGAGUCUAGAACCUCUUCUAUACUACCCAAUUUUCACAACCGAUGGAGGCCGUGGCGCCCUCAGCAACAACAUCUUAGGUUCAUACCCUCAUCAUCCUUUCUGGAAGCUCCUGACAGAAUCCCUUAUUCCUUAUGAUCAUAACUAUCUCUUCCCUUAUGUUACGAUCAGCUAUGCCAGCGGUCAGUGGUUUGAGACGGCCAUCUGGGACAAGUACCACCAUUCGAUUGGAGGACAAGCCAACGGCGAGGAGAACCUGGAGAACCUGCUUUAUCGUAUUAUGAUGGACGACCGGCCAGGUGCCGAGCCGUGGAUCUUCUUUACCCAGGAGAGGGGAGGCUCAUGGAAUAACUGGGAUAAUCGCAUGUUCCUGUGGAUUGGAGAUCACCUGGCUCUGGAUAUUAUGGUAGGGGUUUCAUGUAUUGGGCUGCUCUUGUGGUGUUUCAAACAAUGUGCGCGCAGCUGUAUUCGCAAAUGCCCCGUCCAGAAGGAUUGUAGCAAAGUUCGGAGUGUGGAGUUCUUUGCAUGA